AUGAUAAAAAUAGAGGACCUCCCGAUUUUGUAUAAGCGGGAGGUGGGUGCGUAUCAGUUCAACUGCAUCCGAAACUCGCCUGUCAUAAGAUCAUUGCACGAAGCCGUCGAUAAUGGUACAGACAAAUGCCUGGUGCUUGAGUGGAUGGACAGUGACUUGUGGUCAUUGCGGCAUCAACGAAGAUCUCCCAGCAACGCACUUCCAAAAGUGGUCGCAAAAUCGGUCCUGCGGGCCUUGACGGCUUUUGCCGACAUGGAUGGGCAGGGCACUGCCGUCCAUACAGACAUCAACCCAAACAACAUCCUGGUCUCUGGCGCUGAUUCGGCCUCACCAAUUGUGAAGCUCGCUGACUUGGGCGGUUUGAUCCGGAGCGGAAGAUGCUUCGACGAACGUAUCCAAGGUCUCGCUAUACGCGCACCCGAAGUCUGGAUGGGGAAGCCAGUAACUCCCGCGUGUGAUGUAUGGUCUGUGGGCGUUAGCUUGGCUCAUUUUCUCGCGACCAAGACAUUGUUUGGACCAUCAGGACUCACCUUUCAGAUUUUAUCAAAAUCUCCUGAGACUUCGAAAGCAGCGUGGAGCAUCGGAAACCUCUUCCAGCUUGUUGGACUUUUCCCCUGGGACAAGGAUUCUCAGUACGCGGAGGAGUUUGAACUUGCGAAGUCUCUUGUUACUGGGGGUCUCAUUGGUACAAAGUCAUUGGAGGACGAGCUUUCAGUCAUGAAAGUCCCGAAGGAUUGCGUCGAGUUCAUUUGUCAUCUCCUGACUUGGGAUCCCGAUGAGCGACCGACGGCUGAGCAAGCGCUUAGACACCCAUGGCUUCAGGAUGUCGCUUAG